GUAUGUCUACAAUUGAGAAAAAGAUUUAGAAAUUAAGAUAAUAACAUUAGUUCACACAUAAUUCUAUAGAAAUACAUUCAAAUGCAUCAUUCUUUGAUGAAGAAAGAAGUUAAGAUUUUUAAGAUGAUGUUUUAUCCUCACAAGAAGACUUCCAAUAUUAUUAAUAGAAGUCCUCUCUUUACACAAAUAAAGUAUACAAUUUCAUUUAAAAUAUUAGUCAAUUAUGCCACCACAAAGCUUAGAAAAUUAUGAAAAUUUCUAAAGAAGAACUAGUCCGACCUAAGUUCUCAUGAGUGACCAAUUUGUUUAAGAAUCAGUUAAUUAUUUCAAUUAAGAGAUUGACAAUAAUACUGUUUAAACUGGUAAGGGCAUUGCCAUUCACGUGCUUGGACAAGGAUCCAUAGGUAAAUAAACAAAGAAAGGUAAAAAAAUAGAAAAAAACAAUUAAAAAAAAAUUUAGAAUCUUAAUAAUCAAAUAAAUAUAAAUAAUAAUGAGUAGGAAUAACAAUCACAACAAUUUUCUUUGCCAAAUAAUAACUUUCAAUCAUAAUCAAACUCUUAACAAACUAAAUAAAUUUGCUAGACUUAAAAAGUUAUACUUGCAUAUUUGAUGGUAGAGAGUGAUGUAUCAAAACAAGCUUAACAAAGAGCAUAAAAUUUCAUUUAAAAAUAUAUGUAAAAUGUCAAUGAUAAAGAAAUUUUAAUAAAUAUUUAAGAAACUUAUAAAAUAUUGCUUCUGCCAGAUUAGAUUGUAUAGCAGCUUGCUUAAGUUCUAAGUUAGAAAGAAAGCAUUUAAUAUUUAAAUUUAUCUCUGCAUCGCCUUAAUUUGCCUAAUAAUAAGCAUCCCUUAGCAGCGAAAGCGGCUGAUAAGAUAAGGAAACUCUUUUAAAGUUCUUGUUGAA